AUGCUGCACCUCAUUCAUUGCACCAGCCUGGUCCUGUCGGCUGCGGGCCGCCCCAGUUUUAUGCUGACCUGGUUGAGGCUGGCAGUGAAGCUGCUCGUGCCUAAACAGGUCCCACUCUCUGCCUCUAAGUCCGGAGGCGCCCAUCGCAGCACGCUCCACGUCUCACAGACGGACUCCCCGCCAGCGCAGACGGACUCCCCCCCAACGCAGACGGACUCCCCGCCAGCGCAGACGGACUCGCCCCCAACGCAGACGGACUCCCCCCCAACGCACAGGGACUCCCCGCCAACGCAGACGGACUCCCCCCCAGCGCAGACGGACUCCCCGCCAACGCAGAGGGACUCCCCGCCAACGCAGAGGGACUCGCCCCCAACGCAGAGGGACUCGCCCCCAACGCAGAGGGACUCGCCCCCAGCGCAGACGGUCUCCCCGCCAGCGCAGACGGUCUCCCCGCCAGCGCAGACGGUCUCCCCGCCAGCGCAGACGGACUCCCCCCCAGCGCAGACGGACUCCCCCCCAGCGCAGACGGACUCCCCCCCAGCGCAGACGGACUCCCCGCCAACGCAGAGGGACUCCCCGCCAACGCAGAGGGACUCGCCCCCAACGCAGAGGGACUCGCCCCCAACGCAGAGGGACUCGCCCCCAACGCAGACGGACUCCCCCCCAACGCAGAGGGACUCCCCCCCAACGCAGAGGGACUCCACGCCAACGCAGAGGGACUCGCCCCCAACGCAGAGGGACUCGCCCCCAACGCAGACGGACUCCCCCCCAGCGCAGAGGGACUCCCCCCCAGCGCAGAGGGACUCCCCCCCAACGCAGAGGGACUCCACGCCAACGCAGAGGGACUCGCCCCCAACGCAGACGGACUCGCCCCCAACGCAGACGGACUCCCCCCCAGCGCAGACGGACUCCCCCCCAGCGCAGACGGACUCCCCCCCAGCGCAGAGGGACUCCCCGCCAACGCAGAGGGACUCCGUGCCAACAACGCAGACGGACUCCCCCCCAACGCAGACGGACUCCCCCCCAACGCAGACGGACUCCCCGCCAACGCAGACGGACUCCCCGCCAGCGCAGACGGACUCCCCGCCAGCGCAGACGGACUCGCCCCCAGCGCAGACGGACUCGCCCCCAGCGCAGACGGACUCGCCCCCAACGCAGACGGACUCGCCCCCAACGCAGACGGACUCCCCCCCAACGCACAGGGACUCCCCGCCAACGCAGACGGACUCCCCCCCAGCGCAGAGGGACUCGCCCCCAACGCAGAGGGACUCGCCCCCAACGCAGACGGACUCCCCAGCAACGCAGACGGACUCCCCCCCAACGCAGACGGACUCCCCGCCAGCGCAGACGGACUCCCCGCCAGCGCAGACGGACUCCCCGCCAGCGCAGACGGACUCCCCCCCAGCGCAGACGGACUCCCCGCCAACGCAGACGGACUCCCCCCCAACGCAGACGGACUCCCCCCCAACGCAGAGGGACUCCCCCCCAACGCAGAGGGACUCCCCGCCAACGCAGAGGGACUCGCCCCCAACGCAGACGGACUCGCCCCCAACGCAGACGGACUCCCCCCCAACGCAGAGGGACUCCCCCCCAACGCAGAGGGACUCCCCCCCAACGCAGAGGGACUCCACGCCAACGCAGAGGGACUCGCCCCCAACGCAGAGGGACUCGCCCCCAACGCAGACGGACUCCCCCCCAGCGCAGACGGACUCCCCCCCAGCGCAGACGGACUCCCCCCCAGCGCAGAGGGACUCCCCCCCAACGCAGAGGGACUCCCCCCCAACGCAGAGGGACUCGCCCCCAACGCAGAGGGACUCGCCCCCAACGCAGACGGACUCCCCCCCAGCGCAGACGGACUCCCCCCCAGCGCAGACGGACUCCCCCCCAGCGCAGAGGGACUCCCCGCCAGCGCAGACGGACUCCCCCCCAACGCAGAGGGACUCCCCGCCAACGCAGAGGGACUCCGUGCCAACAACGCAGACGGACUCCCCAGCAACGCAGACGGACUCGCCCCCAACGCAGACGGACUCCCCCCCAACGCAGACGGACUCCCCAGCAACGCAGACGGACUCCCCGCCAACGCAGAGGGACUCGCCCCCAACGCAGAGGGACUCGCCCCCAACGCAGACGGACUCCCCCCCAGCGCAGACGGACUCCCCCCCAACGCAGACGGACUCCCCCCCAACGCAGACGGACUCCCCCCCAGCGCAGAGGGACUCCCCCCCAGCGCAGACGGACUCCCCGCCAACGCAGACGGACUCCCCCCCAGCGCAGACGGACUCCCCCCCAACGCAGAGGGACUCCCCGCCAACGCAGAGGGACUCCGUGCCAACAACGCAGACGGACUCCCCCCCAACGCAGACGGACUCGCCCCCAACGCAGACGGACUCCCCAGCAACGCAGACGGACUCCCCGCCAACGCAGACGGACUCCCCCAGCAAUGCAGACGGACUCCCCGCCAACGCAGACGGACUCCCCCCCAGCGCAGACGGACUCCCCCACUACUCUAAGCCAACUGAGGGGACUCCAAGAUAA